AGAGAGAGAGAGAGAGAGACAUUGCGGGACAGUGAGAGAGAGAGAGAGAGAGAUACGUUGAUUGACACCUGGAGUGUCCUGCAAUAAAGAUGUGUGUGGGGAGAUCGUUUAUAUAUAGCGGCGCGUCCGGGCACAUUGUUCAUAAUUGCCACUCUGAAGCCCACUGCGCGGCUCAAGUUGAAGGCUACUGCAGUUAGUACCGCCAGGCAUAGAACAAAGCAAGCCUUUUCGGAAAAAGGACGACUAAAUGCAUCAAUAACACGAAUUUGCUUGAAGACACCCAACUCUCAAGUUUGAACUGGUUUCAUUUUGACAUUUUGAACUAAUAUUUGGGCACAGUGCGAACGCUAAGCACAUCGGGACAUCAUGCACUGUCAAGCCGAGUUGAGACUCUCCUCCUCCGGGCAGCUGAAAGCAGCCAGGCGUCGCUACAAGACUUUUAUGAUUGACGAAAUUCUUUCCAAGGAAACUUGUGAUUACUUUGAGAAACUUUCUCUUUACUCAGUAUGCCCUUCACUCAUCGUUAGGCCUAAACCUCUGCACUCAUGUUCGGGAUCCUCCUCACUGCGGGCCUACCCCCUUCUCUCAGUCAUCACGCGGCAGCCCCCCAACAUGCCUCCUCACCUCUCCCAGCCCUCAUCUCCCGGCCAGGUUCCCCACCUGCCCCUGCUCUCCCCCCAGCACCACUCCCGGGUCUCCGAGGCCUCCCACAGCGAGACACCUGUCAGCAUCAGCAGCGAGUCAGACACGGAGCACAGCACCACCCGACUGAAGAAACCCAGACGCAGCCGCACCAUCUUCACUGAGCUGCAGCUCAUGGGCCUGGAGAAGAAGUUCCAGAAACAGAAGUACCUCUCCACCCCUGAUAGACUAGACCUGGCCCAAUCCCUAGGCCUCACACAGCUUCAGGUGAAGACCUGGUACCAGAACAGAAGGAUGAAGUGGAAGAAAAUGGUGCUGAAGGGAGGACAGGAGGCCCCCACCAAGCCCAAGGGCAGGCCUAAGAAGAACUCCAUCCCCACCACCGAGGAGAUAGAGGCAGAGGAAAGGUUGGCCAGGCUGGCUGAGGAGGAGAGAAUGAGGAUGGCACCCGAAGAGGCCUUGGCCGACAGAGAAGCUCCCCAGUCGGAACCCCAUGACCUCAGCACGGUCGCUGGGGCUACAGAGACCUACAAUCCCACGGCGGUGAGCGAGGGUCGAGAGCAGCAAGUGCAGUCACUCCCGAUGCAGUCAGAGACACAUGCUGCCAGCUAAAGAAGACAGUUAUUCAUGUCUGAAUGAAACAGCCAAAGACUGGCGCUGACUGGAAAACAGAAGCACUUACUGUUGUGCCUCAGGAUCACUGAAAAAAGCCUGUCUGGUGUAGAUUAGUCAGUCGUGUUUGAGGUUUGACUAGAGUGGGUGACAUUCAUAGGUACGGUAGAUCAGUUUGGUUUUGCCAUAUCACUUUUGCCAUAUACUGGAAUAAAAUGGUGUUUUAAAAAGAGUUUACAUGUAGAGUUAGGUGUAUAUACAAAUGAAACAUCCAGAAUUGUACAGUGCAUUUUGUCCCUGUGUUUUUGUUUUCCUUUUAGAACAACAUUAUCACCUCCCCAGCCUCAGACCUGCUUGUUUACCGAGAGAGGACUCCUUUAGUCACAUGCUAUCCAGUUUGCCUGAGUGUUGUAGCUAUAUGUAAAUCAAUACUGUGCCACAGAUAUAACACAAAAUGACCACACUGGUCAUAGUGCCUUUUUCUCUCAGAGGAUAUAACAAGCUUUACCAGUCUAGAAACACCAAGGUUUAUUAAUACCAAAUUCAUAUCAAGUGUUCUUUAACAGUGUUUUCCUUUUGCUUUUUAAAAAGAGCAACACUUUGGUAAUUAAUUACUAUAUGCUCUGAAUUACAGUUAACACUGACAUUGUACUUAUUUUGUCAAGCUUUGAAGGGAAUUGUAUUUCUGUCCAUGA